GGGGCUCCGGUGGCCGCACAGUGCACAUGCCUGUCUUUCUCGUGGUGUCGGUCAACAGCAAGCAGCCUCCCAGAACGAGCAAUCGACUCUUCUCUCGUCUUUUUCUUUCGCAUCCCUUCUUCUCACCUGCGUUCUUCCCCCUCUUCGUGUCGCCUUCUUGUCUUCUUUGCGUCGUUUAGGAACAGCGGCUCCUCAGAGACCAAGCGAGAGAGAGAGAUAGAGGUAGAGAGAGAGAGAGACCAAGCGAGAGAGAGAGGUGCCUCCCGGGGAAAAGAAGGGCGCCGUCGGUCUCGCCGCAGCGACUGCGCGCUCGGCGGGAGAGAGGAAAUCAGCAGUGUGUGUUGUCCGUUUGCGGCCGAGACAAUUUGGAACGAAAAGUGUAAAAGAGUUUUUUCUGUCAGAAGAGCGUCUCCUUCGCUCUUGCUUCUCUGUUUCGCUUCCCCCCGUCUCUCGCCGGUUUCCGUCUCCGUGUGAAGGCGCCGUAGACAGGGAUCCUUCGCCCGAGAGGCGGAGACAAAGAGCUCUCGUGUUCGGUCUUGUUCUCUGUCGUUUUCCCCUCCUUUUGCUUCUUCACCUCUGCUUUUUUUCCUCGCUGCGGAACGUCUUCAUCGCCGCUGCUUGUGCGUGGCUCUCCGCGCCUCUCUCCUCUCCUCUCCUCUCUGCCCCCCCCCCCCCCCCGCCCCUCCCUUGAAUGCGUCCGUGUCUCCUCGGGAGAAAGCCGAGCGAAGGGAGACUGGAAGAGACGCAAAAAACGCAUCGCCUUCCGCCGCAAUGUAGAAGCGACAGAAAUCAGAGAAGAAGGGAGGAAGCGCGUGGUGUGUCUCUCUCCAGGCGGCUGCCUCGCCUUGUGUGGCUCGUCUCGGGUCUCCCGCUUCUCUCGCCAAGUCUCCCGCUUCUCUCGCCAAGUCUCCCGUCUUUUCUGUGCACUCAGAUUCUCCGGCUCCGCUCUUUGUCCGCUUCAGGGUGUUCUCUCCUGCAGCGCGCUGUGCUGUAUGUCCCUCUCCCCUACAGAAUGGCGAGCGCUCUCAGCAGCCUUCGCGGCUGUCUCGUCUGGCUCCCCUUUCUCCUCGUCUUCGCAGGUCUCUCUGCGCGCGUCGCCGCACUCAGGGCGCCGUCUGCCUCGCCCCUGGCGACGAUCCCCGGCCCUCCGCACCUCCCAGGUGUCCAUACACCCGCGCCGCCUCGCUCGCACAUCGGCGCUUCGCAUCCCGCUCCCCUUCCGUCGUCCAGCGGAGCAAAUGCCUCGCUGAGCAGCCAUGGAGGAUCCGCGACGAAGAGCGGACCUGCCUCUUCCCUCAGGGAGGCGGCCAUCACCUCCUGGUCGGGUGUCGAUACACCCGAAGCUGCGGGGACGUUUGAAGCGGCCCGAGAGGAGGGAAGCGUCUCCUCGGGGGUCUCGACACCUCAGAUGUCGUCCCCGGUUCAGCAGCACGGCGAGUCGCCGGAUUGCCUGGCAAGCGCUCCUCACAGAAAGCCGUUCGUCAGGUCGGGGCCAUCUACCUUUUCUUCUGCUUUCAGUCCUCUCUUCGAAGGCGAGGCGCAGAGACAAAUCGCUUCGUCGUUCUCCACUUUUCUCCCGACGCCCUCCGGAAAAGCCUGGCUCCCCACUCAGGGUCUCUUUCAGGCCUUCAGCGACCCCGACAACGGCUGGGGUGUGCGUCUCUCGUUCCCUACUUCGCCGUGCUCUCUCCCGGCCUCUGCGUUUUUUUCCUUGCAUGCAGCCGUUCACCCAGACGCAGAUCCACCACGUCUCGGUCAGGGAGAGAAGGCCCUCGACAACGAGGCAGGCGGUCCGAGAGGCGACACCACCCCCCCUGCGUCGGCAGAGACAGCCGGUGUGCAGAGCGCCACUCAUAUUGGAGGAGCAGGCGGAGGCAGGAGGGACGCGAGACAUGGUAUGGUCAGUGGCGAGCAGAAAACGCAUGCGCCGCAAGCACAUGAAGACGUCUCUGCGAAGCUCUGUGCAUCGCCAGCUGUUGCGCGGGGGACUCUGGAACGCUCUGUCUCCUCGGAUAGAGAAACAUCGGGGAUCCGAGGAGACAUCGAAGCUCCGCCGCUGUACUCUGUCUCAUUCUCCGCUCCAACCGAUGAGUUGUGGGGAGAGAAUGUCGUGGUCUGCAUGCACUGGUCAGAGCCCUCUUCCUCUUCUCUCUCCGCACAUGAGGGGCAUGCAGAGGCUCUCCAGCCAGCUGAGUCGAGAGGCGAGCCACCCAGAAGAGACGUCGGUGUGGGCGUCGAAUGGCCUCGAGAAACGUCAGCGAAACAGGCUGUCGCUCUCGCGUUCGGACGAGUCCCUGACGCCUGUGUUUGGGGUCGCGCAACAGCCAGCCGCGGCGGAAACAGCAGAGACACUUGCGCGAAACCGCAGGUGGAAGUCGCUGUUGAGGGAGGAAGGCGGACUGACCAACACACCCAGAGUCCGUCCAGAGCAGGCGUCGUUUUCGCAGAGACAGACGAGGCGCGAGAGACGACGGGGAAGGAGUCCGAGCAGGCUUCCUCUCUGUCGCUGCCAGUUUUGCAUGCAGCUCCACGAAUGCUGUCUCUGAACGGCGUUUACGACGUCCACCUCGCUCUCCCGCUCCGUCUCUCUCCCCCUGCCGGCGCCUCGAGGCCGCAUGGAGACGCGUCGGGGGCUGGGAUGACUGGGCAGGUUGCAGAUGCAAACGGCGAGGUCUGUGAAGGCCAUUUUCGGAAAGACAGUGGGAGCUACGACGAUGGAGGAGAUGGCCAAGGAUGGAGAACGGCGACGGGAAGAAGAAAACACACGGGCCGGGAAGUCGGCGAGCGCCGAACUGGCGCGGGUAUCUUGGCGGGCGCGCAGUGUACAGACUCCGGAGCGGAGGGCGGGGGAGGCAGGUGGGGAAGGAAGGAGACAGAGCGAGGCGGCAUGGACGUGCAGAUGGGGGACGCUCAUGCGUUGUUCUCCCGCGAACAAGGAAGCGUCCAGGCGAUGUCUUCGUUGCGCAGAAACCUCUCUUCGCGAAGACGGUUUACAAAGGCCGACAUCAAAGAGGCUCUCAAAUCGGCGCUCGUGGUGGUAAAAACGAAACUGUCAGGAGGAUGCGAAGGACCUUACUCGAGUCAGGCUCUUGCUCUGACGAGUCUGCGGGCGUCGGUCCCGCUGGUCGCUAGUCGCUUGCAGAGCGCCGUGGGCGGCGGAAACAAAGCGAGAGAACAAAAGGGCCAACACGACGGCGGUCGCGUCGACGGCGACAGAAGCGGAAAAGAAGAGCCACUCGGAGACGCGAGGGAAUUUAGCAGGCAAGGCCCUGCCAGAGAAGAUCCUUUCGUGGACGUGACUGUGCCUCUUGAGCUCUCGAUUCGAGGCGAGGACCUCCCUGUGGAUCUCGCUCUUUGUCUGUACACCAGCCGCCUGGACACCGAUCCUCUUCCUCUGGGUCUGGUGCAGCUUGCCGCCCCUCCGCCGCUGUCAGACGCCGUCCUUUCGAGCUCCGGUUUGUCUCGACAGCCUGCAGAGACGCGGGCGUUCUCCGGCGCGGCGCAGAGCGAGUCGCAGCGUUUCGGACAGAACACAAUUCGAGGCAGGGACACCCGAACAGCGCGGGAGACCUUGGAGCCCCAGGCGCCUGUGGCGGCGAUUGCCGGAACCAGCAUUCCGGCCAAAGCCGUCAACUGGCUGGCGGCCCAGCUCAGCCGCUUGAACGUUCUGCGCCGAAGCAGCGAAGGAACAGCGGAGCUGGAGGAGACGCUUCGCCCCGCGGGGGUCGACGAGUCGGAGUCGGCGUCUUGGUGGGAGAGAGCCUUCGCGUUUGCGGCCUCGUUGUGGGGCGGUGCCCAGGCGGCUGCGCGAGGCUCGACAGACAGCUUCGCAGCAGAUGCUGAAGAGCGUGAGACAGAAGCCGAAGAAGACUUCUCUCGGGCGUCGCAUGCAGACGCUUCAUGGGCCGUCUACGCUCCCUUCGCCGUCCUGGUCGGAGCCGCUGCGGGGUACAUCCUCACGCUCCACUGGCAGGCGAGAGCCAAGAUGCAAGAAGCGCGCGCAAAGACAUGCACCGGGCCGUGCUGCUCUGACGCGCCCUCCGACUGGCUUGCGAUCCGCUCUUCGCUUCGCGCCACCCAUGCACUCUCAUCUGCUCAUCUGUCUCCCUUCUCUUCUUCCCUCGGCGAAGCUCGCGCGAGCGAGGGCGGCAGUCGGCGCCCAAACAGGCGCCCCAAGGCCUCGCUUGCCUCGUCUCUUUCAUCUUCUUCUCAAUCUGCCGAUGCUUCGGGCGUCUCUGCAGCUUCUCCGCCGACCAGGAAGUCUCUGACGUCCUCGCGGAGAAGCCGAAGGCCCAUCGCUGCGCCGGCGGAGCUCCUCACACCGAGUCGAAGGAUCUACGAAACGCUCUGGGGCGAGGAGGAGAUCCUUAGAGACAGGCGCCCCAACGGCGGCGCGAGCGGCCUCGGCGCCUCUCCCUGGCAGUGGCCGGAAGAAGGAAGCACGAGGAGUGGAAGAAGAAAACAUGAGAGAAGACCCAACGAGGUCGACACCGCAAGUUGGCCGAUCUCCUACUGAGUUGGUGCCGGGAAUAACGCGGACGAACAUGUCGGUGCAGCGAGUCUGCACAGAAAACAGAAACGCCCUCUGGGACUCGCUACGCGAGAAAAACAAACCGGUGCAAGGGUAUACCCACACAGAGAGAGACAGACAUAUAUCCCCAUGUAUAUAUGAUGUAGUGAAAACAUUUAUAUAUAUAGUUUAUUAUAUAUAGUAUAUUAUAUAUAUAUAUAUAUACGUAUUUUUUCGUUAAAUGGGUUGCAUGGCCCUGAGGAAAGGAGUGCGUAGGUCUUUUGUUGAGUUCAGGGAACGGUUUUGGGGGUCUCUGUCGUGGAGAGAAGGUCGCGUUUAGUGUGUCUCUCUCGGAGUUAGAGAACAGAAAAGCCUCUGUUUCGCGUCUGCGAGCACAUGAACGGAAGACGGGGCCUCGCUGGAAGAUGUCGCAUUUGUAGUGCACAGCGCGCCCGUCGGAGAGGAGUGUUUGACGGCGUCUGCUCUGUCUACUGUGUUUCAUGUUUAUUUCUGACAAGCGAGCGGGAGAGGGGGGGGGCAGUGAGGGCGUUGGACACAGUUUCGUUUUUCUGUGCUAGACGAUGCCGCUUUCUUUGUUUCAAGCGUUUUUCUUUCAUCAAUCGCGCACCGACGCCUUCCCUGGGUCUUGCCGGUUCGCUGCCUCUGCGUACUAGUUGAUUUGUUGUUCGCGAUCAAGAGACUUGCCCGAAACGGUCUUGGGGACUGGAGCAGGCACCCGUCGAGGUGGACGUUGGGUUUGCCUCUUGAAUGCCUAGUUUCUUUUUCUCUAGAAGACUUCAGUGGAGAAGGCGAACUUCAGAAGCUGGAAAAAGG